GCAUCACGUACACCAUCAUACACACAGCGAGAGAGCGCGUUUUAGCUCCAGAUUACAAACGAUUCGUUGAGUUCAGAGCUCCGUGUUUGAUUUUGAAGAUUUACUGCAGUAAAAUGAGAUUAGUAUUGUUUUGUAUAACCCUCAGUGUGUUUGUAUUUCCUGUCCCAGGCGGUUUGGAGAGCUCUGCUGCACACAGAUGUUUCUGCAAAGUCACUGGUAGUUUGGAUGACUGCGCCUGUGAUGUGGAAACAAUCGAUGGCUUCAACAACAGGAAGCUCUUCCCCCAACUUCAGGAACUCCUUUUGUCUGAUUACUUCAGGUUCUAUAAGGUGAAUCUAAAUAAACCAUGUCCGUUCUGGACAGACAGCGGACACUGUGGUCUCAGAGACUGCGCUGUUAAACCGUGCAAACCUAAUGAAGUACCUGAGGGACUGAAAUCCAGCAGCUAUAAGUAUUCAUUAAAGGCCAACCAGCACACAGAGGAGUGUGAAAUGGCAGAGAAGCUUGGUGCUGUCAAUAGCUCUCUAAGUGAUGAAACCCGCCAGGCUCUGCUCGAGUGGAACCGGCACGAUGAUGAGGCCGACCGUUUCUGCAUGCACGAUGAUGAAGAGUCUCCAGAUUCGCAGUAUGUCGAUCUCCUCCUGAACCCUGAGCGAUACACUGGAUAUAAGGGUCCUGAGGCCUGGCAGAUAUGGAACAGUAUAUAUGAAGAAAACUGUUUCAAACCAUAUACAGUUCAACGGCCACUGAACCCUCUGGUGUCGAGCAGUGGAGACAGUGAAGGAAGGAGAUUCUACAAGUGGCUGGAAGGACUGUGUGUGGAGAAAAGAGCUUUCUUCAGGCUUGUCUCAGGACUGCAUGCGAGCAUAAAUGUGCACCUGAGUUCCAGGUACCUGCUGGAUGAUAACUGGUUUGAGAGGAAGUGGGGUCCUAAUAUCACUGAGUUCCAGCUGAGAUUUGAUGAAGAACUGACAAAAGGAGAAGGACCCAAGCGUCUGAGAAAUCUCUACUUCCUCUAUCUGAUUGAGCUCCGUGCCCUGGCUAAAGUCCUGCCUUUCUUUGAGCGUCCCUCUGUCCAUCUGUACACAGGAGACGCAGAACAAGACAAGCAGGUUAAAGAGUUGCUCUUAGAGCUCCUCCGUAUGGCCAAGUCUUUCCCAUUGCAUUUUGAUGAAACCACACUGUUUGCAGGUGAUAAGACAGAAGCAGCAAAACUAAAGGAUGACUUCAGGUUGACUUUUAAGAACAUCUCCAGGAUCAUGGAUUGUGUAGGCUGCUUUAAGUGUAGACUGUGGGGCAAACUGCAGACCCAAGGUUUAGGUACAGCUCUCAAGAUCCUGUUCUCAGAGAAGCAAAUUGAAGCACUUCCUCAGUCCAACAGCGCCAAACCGUCCUUCCAGCUGAGUCGGCAAGAGAUCGUUUCUCUCUUCAAUGCUUUCGGGAGAAUUUCAACCAGUAUACAAGAACUGGAAAACUUCCGGAAACUCUUAUCAGAGUUCAAGCAAUGAGGUGAUCUCAGCCUGCUGUCCAUCAGCCACGUCCGACAUUCCAAGUUUGCUUCUUUAGUUUUCCAUAGGAGUUAAGAGGAGAUUGUAGCUACCAGUUCAGCUAUUACCACCAGACUUGUUUACAUGCUUUCAGACACUUAUCUGUAAAAAUGGACAAAAUGAUGUAGAACUAAAAACGGUACUAGUGGAUAUUUUAAAGCAGAGUUGUGUUCUCUCUCAGCGCAUACUUUGGUGUCAUUUUAGGUGUGAUGGUGAACUGGUAGCUAUAAGCUCACUUGUUUAACUGUUAACUGCAGGAGAAAACUUCAACCACCAAACAUGUAUUGGUUGAUAAUGGGGGGGGAUUUAUUUACGCUAGACUCAGGAAGUGUGGUUGAAAAUCAUGAGAAACUUUAUAAUUGAAAGAGAAAUUCAGUGUUAGAGAUGUCCAUUGAAACAUGCACAUCCAUCUGAGAGUUCGUUCAUGCAUGCCCUUAAACUAACUGAGCACUUACAUGACUAUGGAAUGUAUUUCCAUGUUUGCACUAUGACAUGACUAUGGAAUGUAUUUCGCAGAAGUGUUUGUGGAGGAAAUAAGAAUUAUGACUGCUCCCGAAUAGACAGAUAAGGUUUGUUUUUUUUCCCUUAUUUGCUUGUCCCCCUCCUUUGAGAUUUAAAUGAAAAUUUUGAAACCAAUCAGAGAAUGUGAAAAGCUUGUCAUUCUCGAGUCCAGUCCUACUGAUGAAUCAUGAUAACUUUUGGAUUAUUUUUCUACUGCACUGUUUUUUUUUUUGUGUAUUGUAUUAUAAUAGCCAUAUCCAUAAUUCACAUUAUGUAUCAUGAUUAGUUGUACGUUAGAUAGGUCAUCUUUAAAAUAUGGAACAUAAAGAAAACUAAUACAUCAGGGAUGAGAGUGGGUGGUCACCAAAAAAGCAGAAAACAAGAUGGUGCCCGAAGCCGGGGGUCUGGGAGGGAUACCCCCCCAGGAAAAUUUUGAAAAAUAAGGCCUUACAAACCACUUUUCCUGCAAUCUGAGCUGUAGUAGAUAAAAGUCUUUUUUUAUAUAUAUUUACAUGAAAAUGUGUUUCAAAUCAAUAGGAGUAUUGUUUUUGAAUUCAAAAUAAAAUCACAUUCUACAUUCAAGGGUAUGGUUAUAAUUUAUGAUCAACAAAAAUGACAAACUAAAUUCACAUUAAAUAAAAUUUCUUAGGGAGAAAAGGUCAGUCACCCUAUGUCCUCAUUAGUUGCAUAUGAUUUCAAAGUCUUUUGAAAUAUUUAAGUUUUCAAAACUGUCAGCAUUAAUUCAGAUUUACUGACCAUCAUAUACAUGUUCAGUGUAUUAAAUCAAACGAAUACUAAGUUUAUGGGAUAAUGUCUAUGUACACUUUAUACAAUUAUUUAUAGUUCAGUCACUUCUCAUUUUCAUUUAAUCAUUUCGACUUCUUCAGCCUUUUGGCCAAAGACAAGAGCUUGUCAGUCCUCUCUUUUUAUACCAGCAUCGAUUUCAUGUACCUUUCGCUUCGUCUCGCUUGUCAAUUGUAUUCGGCAUUUUGAGUAAAAAAGCCGAUACGAAAGAGAAACGUAUUUUUGAAGCGCAGCAACGAUGAACAUGUGCAAGUUUCGAUAAAAUAGCACAGAUGCGGGUACUUUUGUAAGAACUGUUAUGAUUGGCUUUUGUUCUCUCCCACACUCUUGUAACAACUGUUAUGAUUGGCUAUCAUGCUGUCGCCAAUUACAUUGUAGAUAACACGUAUUCUACCGCGAGACUAAAGAUGGCGAAAAUGUAAACAUGUAACAUCAUCGUACGCUUGAGUAUCACGAAGGAACAUACCCCAAGCCCCCUCAAUGAAAACAUCUCAACGGAUUUGGCAUAAUAUCGAUUUUCGCUCAGAAAAAGCGGAAAACUCUCAUCCCUGAUACAUGCAUAGAGACAUGAACUGUUGUGAUGUCAUGUUACCUACAGUUGUUUACAAAAAUUUUCUACCACAAUUUGACAACAGCCCUGGAAACGUGUUCAUAAAAUUCUUAUGCCUUCAGUUGGCUGAUUUUGUUCUAGUUAAACUGCCUUACACAUGUGGCAGAAACCAAUUUAAACUCAUCUUUAUGGGAUUUAAGCACACAACGUUCUUGGUAUGGAAACAGAUACACUGAACUACCACUGCUAUGUAAAAUGAAUAAAAAUGGUCUGAUGUGUGA